GUUGGCCUGUCAGUCAUCCUGUGGGCGGGGAUCUGUGCGUUGGCUGUGAUCAGGAGGGAAGUGAUGACGUCACCACAGUGGCUCAGGUACCUGUCAGUGGUCAGCUGGUUGUCUCAGACGCUGCAGGUGUUGCUCGGCGUCUUCAGUUGGGCGGAGAGCGAUCACUCGUGGUACGUGGUCUUCACCCUCUUCUCCACCUACACCCUGCUGCCCCUCCCCUUCCUCUGGUCCAUUAUCGCCGGGGCAACCACCUCCACCCUGCACCUGCUGGUGGACUUCUGCUGUCACCAUGGAGACCACACCUUCAUCAGAAAGGUGUUGUCGAAGGCCUUGUUGUACCUGGCGAUGAACACCGCCGGUCUCUUCAUCCACUACCUGUCGGACCGGACGCAGCGACAAUCGUUCCUGGAGACGAGGCGCUGCAUCGAGGGACGAGUGAGGCUGGAGAGAGAGAACCACCGUCAGGAGCGUCUGGUGAAGUCCAUCCUGCCUCGUUUCCUGGUUCUGGAGAUGAUCUCUGACAUGGCCACCGUGGACGAGUAUCUGCUGCCUCAGCAGUUCCACAAGAUCUACAUCCACCACUACAAGGACGUCAGCAUCCUGUUCGCAGACCUCAUCGGCUUCACGUCGCUCUCGUUGAUUCUUUCUGCUCAGGAUCUCGUUAAAACUCUCAACGAACUCUUCGGCCGCUUCGACAGGCUCGCAGAGGGGCAUCGGUGUUUGCGCAUCAAGAUCCUGGGCGACUGUUAUUACUGUGUGUCGGGAGUUCCAGAGCCUCAGAGGGGACACGCUCGCUGCUGUGUGGAGAUGGGUCUCAGUAUGAUCAACACCAUACGUUACGUCCGUCGGGAGCUGCAGCAGGAGGUGGACAUGAGGAUCGGGGUUCACUCAGGGUCGGUUCUUUGUGGCGUCUUGGGUCUUCAGAAGUGGCAGUUUGACAUCUGGAGCUGGGACGUCGACAUCGCCAACAGUCUGGAGGCUGCAGGCGUCCCGGGACGAAUCCACGUCUCUCAGGCCACUCUGGACUGUCUGGGCGGGCUCUACGAGACGGAGGCGGGACAUGGCCAGGACCGCAACGAGUUUCUACGGAAGCACAACAUCGACACCUACCUCAUCCGCCCGGCGCCGCGGGACGAGGCCGAGCUGCCAAAAGUGAUGCACCCAAGUUACGACGAGAUGACGAGCUGGAGCGCCGAGCUGCCGUUCGGAGACAUCCUGGGAAUGAAUUUCAUCCUUGCCACUUUCACCAACGGCUCACUGACCCAGCUACCCAAUCAGAUCGCAGCUCAGAGGUCGGGGUCACGGGAGGUCAACAAGAGGAUCCGUCGGGCCAUGGAGGUUCGGAGCAGUGAACGAAUGAGGAAGGAGCACAUCACCACCUUCACUCAGGUGUUCAAGGACUCCCACAUGGAGGGAAAGUAUUCACAGAUGAGGGACGAACUCUUCAAGUCCAACAUGGUUUGUUCCUUCAUCCUGCUGCUGCUGCUGAUGGCGGUCCAAGUGCUAACCCCCGCCCCACGGUUAUGUCCGAUGAUCGCUCAGUUCGUAAUCAGCGCUGGAGUUUACUCUCUGCUCUUGGUGCUCACGCUGGGGGAGGAGUUUAAGCAUUGCCCCGCCUCCCUUCAGGCGCUCUGUUGCUGGAUUCACGAAAACAAGAGCGCACGGACGCUGCUCACACUCACCGCCAUCACCGUCAACUUUGGAGUCGCCUCCUCGGACAUCCUGUGGUGUGACUCAUCAGACCCUCACAUCAACCACAGUGACAGCCCGCUGGCUCCGCCCACCGCUGCCUGGCCUGACAUCAACAUCUGUACACAUCCAGAGUACAUGGCUCUGAGUGGCAUGGUUGCCAUGGUUGCCAUGGUUACCUGCGCGGUGUUCCUCAGGUUGAGUUGUGUGUUGAAGCUCGCCGUCCUCCUGGUGGCCGCCGCCCUCUACACCUACGUCAUCGAGACGCACAGAUCUGAUCACUUGUGUAAAAACGGAGUCUGUGUCGUUGUCAUGGUGAUGUUUGUGUUCGCGGUUCUCUACAACAGCAGACAGCUGGAGGCGACGGCCCGGCUGGACUUCCUGUGGCGUCUCCAGGCGAGGAAGGAGGUGGAGGACAUGAAGGAGCUGAGGGAACACAACGAGUGUCUGCUGCUCAACAUCCUGCCCGUCCACGUCGCACAACACUUCCUGGAGCGAGACCGCAACAACGAGGUGCGCUCACCUGCACAG